GAAAGUAAGAGAGUUUUGUGUAGAAAAUUAGUUGAGAGUCGAGAAAGGUUUCCGUAUAAAACCGUAGAAGAUGAAUCCUCAAGUGCCGCCGUUGGAAAGUCCUCAACCCCAAGAUUAAGAGCUCAGGUGCUUGCCAUGUCGAGUUCCCGGUUGUGCAUGCGCAUCCUCUUUGGAGUUAUCAUUUGUCUGGGACAUAUUCAUAUUUCACCUCUGAAGGCAUUUGCACAGAGUAAAUGGUGUAUUGCAAAGCCAACUGCCCCUUAUAGUUUACUGCAAAUGAACAUUGACUUCGCUUGUAGUCAAGUCGACUGUAGCGUAAUUCAAACCGGUGGUGAAUGCCAAUUACCAGACACUAUAAUGAACCACGCGUCUGUUGCCAUGAAUCUUUACUACCAAUCAUUUGGCAGAACAGAUUUGAGCUGUCAUUUCAAGUCGACCGGCAUGAUUGUGAUUGACGAUCCAAGUUUUGGAACUUGUUUGUACAAAAGAAAAGGGAAGGAAGGAGGUGCUGGUGUGAGUCUCGUAAAAAAGCAUGGGAAAUCUAGUGUCAUUUUAAAACUGAUAGUUGCGUCGAUAAUUACUUUUGGGUUGGUAGGGACUGUAACUGUUGUGUGCGUGUGCCGGCGUUCUCGGAAUCCCUCACAAGCAAUAAAAAGUGAGAUGCAACACAUGCCAACCCCAGCCCCCUCUCAGUCCCAUCCACAGCCAUCAUGUUCAGUGACAGUAUCAGUUCCCUGUGAGGCGGUAUCAGUUCCUCUCAGUCCCCCUCCCGGUCCUUCUCAAACACAGCCCAAGAAAGACGACGGCCAACUUGACAUUGUUAUUUCAGGUAAUCAAGUCAAUGGAAACAAAGGAGACCAUAAUGGACAGUUCUCCGUUGGCAACACUAUACACAAGACUGUCCAUAUCAGCAUUUAGUAAUGUUAAAAGUUAAAACAUAUUGAAGAUUUGGGCAAGAUAUGGUUAGAGAAGAUUUGGUGAAGAUACGGUUAACUUGCAAUUUACAUAUGUGCAUGUGGUGAAUCCUCUAUUAUUGCAAAGCAAACAUGGUGCUGCUGCUGCAGCAUGGUACAAUCAGUCUUUUUUCAUGAAUCAAGUGCAUGGUGAAGUAUGGAGUCUCCUUGUUAGGGCCAUACUUUCUUCUGUUGUAAUCAGUUUAGUACAUACUUUCCUCUUAGUCCUUUUUUCUCUUUCCUUUGUCUAUAUAUAUACUCAUUCUUGUAAAGGUUCAACAAUUCAAUAUAGA